AUGGGAGCUAGCGUGCGGUACUCCCCUGACAUCAAAUUAACUCCAAUGACAACAGAAUCGGAUAUGUCGUCGUUCUAUUUCAUCGAACUAAUUGGAAUGAGCGUAGGAGGAAAAGAUCUAUCGAUUCCAUCGGCAGUGUUCGCCGCAAUCCGGACUAUCAUCGAUUCUGGCACAACCGUCACAUGGCUUCCACCGGCGGCUUACUCUGCUCUUCGCUCGGAAUUCCGGCAACACAUGUCGAAGUAUUCGCCAGUGGCCGCGUUUGAGAUACUGGACACCUGCUACAACUUCACUGGGUAUAGCAGAAUUAGAGUGCCUGCGGUGGCUCUGCAGUUCAGUGCUGGUGUCACGCUUAACGUCGAUGCCUCGGGGAUCCUCCUUUUCGCGAGCCCCUCGCAGCGUUGCCUCGCAUUCGCCAGCGUUGAUGAGGAUGGGUUUUCCAUAGUUAGGAACAUGCAGCAGAGGACGUUCGACGUGGUUUAUGACGUUGCCAGGGAAAUGAUUGGGUUUGGUGCCGGAGGAUGCGGCUGA